CAAUGCCAGAGGAAAUGGUUGGGUUGAGUAGGUACACUAGUGCUUUACUCCAGACAAUCCAUGAAUUAAGUGAGAAUGAUGAGUUCUGUGAGUUGGAUGUACAGUGCAUGGAUGGAACUAUAUCUGUUCAGGGAAUAAUAUUUGCUGCAAUCUACCCUGCACUAAAUAGAUAUUGCUCUGGUUCCCUUGAUGGUUACUGUCUGAUUUUUCCGGAUAUUUCUUGUGCAGAAUUCGUUCUUUUUCUCCGAGUUCUUCUCAACCCAACAUUAACAGGAGUAGAUAAGGAGACUCUAGAUGCAUUAAGAAAUAUAAAUUGUACAUUAGGUUUAAAUGUUACAUUUGAGAGCAUAAAAUUUGAACCUAGCGAACCUGUGGAUAUCACGGAGGAAUCUGUUGACGUUGUUGACAUGGAUGAUGGGAGUGGCGGAGAAGAGAUAUCUGGAGAUACAGAACCCCUCCGGAGAAAUAGGUUCCUAGAGAACAUGAUAACAGAUACCGGAGCCAGAUACUCAGACCUCGACAAUCUUUGUAUAUUUUUCGACGAGAAAACCUCAACUAUGGGGAAGAAAUGUCUGUUAAAUCUAGGGAAAAUCGACAUUGAUAUAGUAGUUGAUGAAGUUUUGACAGAGAAUUUCUGUGAUCAAGAAGGUAGACUCGUCUGCUUAAUCUGCUAUAAAAUCAUGGGACAGAACGAAUUUCAGGUGGGUUUAUCACUUUAUGUGCGUUUUUUAAUUUCAGGGCUUGACCUUUUUUACAUUGACAAUAUUGAUCUGUACAAAGAUUUUUGCAUCUUCCUUUAA